AUGUCAGAAAAGGUUGCUAAAAAAAAGGUUCGUCAGUCAUAUACUAUCCAAGACAAAGCUCAUGUUGUCUGGUAUGCUCUCCAUACAAGUAACAUUAAGGCUGCUACAAGGUUUAGUUUGGACAAGUCUCAAGUUGGCCAUUGGGUAGUGCAGCUAAAAGACCAACUAAAUGAAAUUAAGCAUAGCAAGCUACAUUGCCUUGAAGAUGCUAGUAGAAAGUGCUUUUUCUCUAAAGAAGAAGCAAGGCUUUAUAGUUGGAUAUCUAACAUGUAUAGUGUAGCACUUGCUGUAACAUAUAAUAGCUUUAGGUUAGAAAUGUUAAAGUUUGUCUCCGAAGCUGCUUCAAAAAGCAAUGAUCUUGCAAAAAUACAACUUGCAAGCACCUUCAAAGCUUCUUCAAUAUGGAUAAAACGUUUCUUAAAACAUUAUAAUCUUGCCUUACAUCAAAAAACAAAAAUCUUACAAAAAAUGCCCGCAGACCUUAAACAACAAUUGCUCAAUUUUCAACGCCAAAGAUGGUCUAAGACCAAACCUCCUCUUCCUUCUGGUGUAAUUGUAUUUUUUCAUGAAAAGGAAGAUGAUGAAAUAUAUUAUGAUGAAAUCCUUAGCAAUAAAAGUGAAGAAAUUUGCCAAGAUGAACCCUGCUAUAUUUCUGAUGAACAAAAUAUUACUAUAAUCGAUUCUAGCGAUGAAGAAGACUGUGAUGCAAUUAUUGAUAAAGACAAUGACCAUGAUACAAUUAUUGAUGAAGAAGAAGGCCAUGAUAUAACUAUUGUAGAAAAUAAAGAAGUUCUUGUUUUUACAAUAGAUAAGCAGUGA